AGGCUGUUAUAGGGAAAGAAGAGAAAGCAUCCUCUUCCUCUCUAAAAGGUUCUAUCUCAGUAAAGGUGAAGGAGGAAGACGUUUUGGGAGUGAAAGAGGAGGAGACAGAAUAUCAGAUUAACACCAGAGAGAGACAUGACUAUUGUGGAUCCUCUGGGGAGCCUCAACAACAUCCUGAUGCUGACGAGACAGAGAAGAGUCUCUCCAGAUCAGACCACCAGAUGGACAACACUAGCCCUUCCUCCCUCCCGGAGUCCCUGUGUCGUGCCUCUCCCGGUAGCACCUUACUGCUGGGUAUGAAGAGGUUGUCUGUGCUGCUGGUGGACUGCAGGAAAACAACGGGGCUGAGUGGAACUGUGAGAGGAGGAGAAGAGAAGAAAGGAUCAGAUUUGACACAUCAAAGAGGAAAACCAAACUUGGAGGAACCAAAGACCUCCACAACAUCAAGACGACACCUCUGCUCCCAGAUCAAGUUAGGAAGCCUGAAAAGACCUGAGAGGACACACACAGGAGAGAAGCCGUACCAUUGCACCCAGUGUGGAAAGAGUUUUAGCCUGUUAGGAAGCCUGAAAGCUCAUGAGCGAAUACACACGGGAGAGAAGCCAUACCAUUGCGGCCAGUGUGGAAAUAGUUUUAGCCAGUUAGGAAACAUGAAAAGACAUGAGCGAAUUCACACAGGGGAGAUGCCAUACCACUGCUCCCAUUGCGGAAAGAGUUUUAACCAUUUACUUAACAUGAAAAGACAUGAGAGGAUACACACAGGAGUGAAGCCUCAUCAUUGCUCCCAGUGUGGAAAGAGUUUUAUGCAGUUAGGUAUCCUCAAAGAUCAUUUGCGAAUACACACAGGGGAGAAGCCUUACUACUGCUCCCAUUGUGGAAAGAGUUUUAACCAUUUACUUAACAUGAAAAGACAUGAGAGGAUACACACAGGAUUGAAGCCUCACCAUUGCUCCCAGUGUGGAAAGAGUUUUAUGCAGUUAGGUAUCCUCAAAGAUCAUUUGCGAAUACACACAGGGGAGAAGCCUUUCCUUUGCGCUCAGUGUGGAAAGAGUUUUAGCCAGUCAGGAAACCUGAAAGUGCAUGAGCGAAUUCACACAGGGAAGAAAUCUUACCACUGAUCCCAGCGCGCAAUGCGUUUUUACCCAAUUAGGACACCUGAAAGAAGACAUGAGACCGCACACGGGGGAGAAGCUUUACAAAUGUUCAGACUGGGGGGAAGGCAUUUUACUCAUCAGUAGCGUAAAAAAAACAUGUGAGAAUCCACACAGGAGAGAAUGUUUACUUGUUUAUAUAUAAAUAUUUCUUGUUUUUUUUUCUCAUUUUGUCUGUCAUAGUUGUAGUGUACCUAUGAUGAAAAUUACAGGCCUCUCUCAUCUUUUUAACUGGGAGAACUUGCACAAUUGGUGGCUGACUAAAUACUUUUUUGCCCCACUAAGUGUAUGUAAACUUCCAACUUCAACUGUAUAUUAUUUGAAAUGCUAAUCCUUUGCACACGAAUGCUCACUCAUUCAGGAUUAAUUGCAGUCAAUAUAUAUUUACGCCGUUGUGGUCUGUUGGAAUCCGGUCCGUCUGCUGGAGAGUUCAUCUGAGUCUCUCUCCUUCUGUUUCCCUGAAGUUCAAAGUCUUUCUUGGUUAGAAUGGAUACCUCCGAUUACCAUUCAGAAAUGUUCUCAUAGAAUAGAUGUUUCGGCGGUUGUCGUCAUUCGCAUCCCAGGUUUACAUCAUUUCUAGCUGCCCCCACAGACCCACCAAUGCUCUUACUCUGUUGGGAUUGAUAGUCUCAGAGUUGAACCAUUUCCAGCCGUGUAGCCAAUGCUCCACGUGGGAUGGUUUUCUAGUCUUGGUACUCAAAUGUGCCACCUCAGCUUACAGCGAGGUAUGCGUUGUCUAAACUAUUCGCAAUCACAGCUCACGCUGUGAUUGGUUUGCUCAGUCUGAAGAGGAUUUUUUUUCAGGAGGGGCUUUUAUUCUAAACAAUAGGAUAGGCUGUUCCAUGACACCAGAUCAUGUCUGUGCCCUCGGGGACCAAUGACUUAGUUACACUUUUAAAGGAAUACAAUUCUCUCACAUUGAAGGUUUAACAUCACAUUACAUCAUUUCAUAUAGUUGCAUCUUUACUCAUUCAUUUUAUACAAGAAUUAGAUGCAAACCCCAUAAUUGAGAAAUGUACACAUUGAGACAUAGUUAUGUGUAUUUCCAGUCCUCUCUAAGGUCACCAAAUGAAACACACUCAACAUAACUGUCCCUUAAGUGUCCACAGACCCUUCCCACACUCUCAAAGGUGGACAUAUAGUUUAAUUUUGCCAUUUUGGGGAUUUAGUAGUUCGGCCAUGUGAAUUCCUUUGUUCACUCUGUGGUCUCUCUCUGUAUGAAAAGGGGCGAGAGUCUCCGCCAGGUAGUUACGACCUGAGAUAACAGAACCUGGGUGUAGGAGAGGGGGAAGCCACAAUCUGUACCCAGAAAAGGCCACAUCGUGACAAUAUGGAGAACGUCAGUUUGAAUAUAAUGUAAAUCAGUUUUCUUGUGUUCAAAUGUAGGAUAGAUCAGAUUCCAUGUGUUUAAAUGGUCCCUUUUCAACUCUGACUGUGUGUUUAUCUGGGUGUGUCAUUCCUCCAGCACUACAGAUAAUCAAGUGAUAUUUGGAUGUGAUGCAUUAGUUCCAUUGUUGACAUUUGCAUUGUUGGCCCACUGAUGAUUUAAUGAAAUGAAAAUGUUCAGACUCUGUAAUGGAAAAUGUUAGUUGUUUGUGUGUCCACAUCACUGAGUAUGUGACUAACCUUGUGAAACUGUCCUAUUAUAAUCUCCUGUACUUGGAACUAUCAUUCUGCAUUGCAAACCAGAUACACCUGCAUCCUUGUGUGAAUACAGUCCCUCCCAGGAACAGGAAACUGUAAAGAUAUGUGCUAAUCACUCAAUGCUUCAGGAAUUCAGACUGUCUACACUGCGCUGUGUAACUCUGUUAUUCUCUCUGAGCUCAGAAAUAAAGAAUCUUGGUUUGA